GCUGCACGGCUGCGUUCAAUGUUCAAUGAUGUGUUAUGGAAGAUGGUGCCGGAUGAUGAACUACAAUCCAAGAUAAGUAAAUUGGCUGAUGAUUAUGAGCUCACGGAGGGUGAAUGUUUCACCAAGCAAAUGGCAAUUAAAGACCGCGAGAAAAAGAGUCCUCUACUUUGGUGGAAUGCAUAUGGUGGCCUUGCUUAUGACCUCCAAUCUUUUGCAAAUCGGAUCAUUAGUCUAUGUUGUUCAUCGUCUGGCUGUGAGCGCAAUUGGAGUGCAUUUUCUCAUAUCCAUACCAAAGGAAGAAACCGUUUGGAGUAUAAGGGAUUGAACAAGCUAGCAUAUGUCUCAUACAACCGGCAAAUGACAACUAGGUUUGAAAAGUUACGCGAGCAAGGUUCCAAAGGAAAGAGGGCUAAUGCACUUAUCCUAGAAGAAUUUCAAUGGGAUAAUGAAUGGGUUGAUGUUACUGCUGAAUUGGUUCAUCAAAAUGACGCUAUGGACGAUGACAAUCCACUACUUUGGUCCCAUGUUGAUGAGGCCGUUGGCGCGACCGAUGGUCUAAGUGGACGCCAUCUUCCAAGGAGGGCUCGUGGUGAUUUCAGUGAGUCUGGUCCUCCCGCUGGCUCUAAUAUCUUUUACACUCGAAGGACAAGUGUGGUUGUCCAUGAUGAAGACUUGCGGGCUGAAUUGGAAGCUGAAGAUAUUGAUAGUGACAUGGAGACCAAUGGUGAAGACAAUGAUGGCCCUACACGAGCGAAUGAUAUAGACCCUGAUUUUCAGCUGGAUAUAGAUCUAGAUUGAUUUGAGGGCUAAGGCUACAAGAUUUCUUUUGCUGGACUGGACUUGUUGCUUGUGGUGUUGUUGAACCUUUCUUUUGUAAUUCAGACUUUGAUGUUGGACUACUUGUUGAACCUUAUGUUGGUCUUGUCAAGUUGUCACACUAAGGUGUUCUCCUAUGGAUUAUGGAGUUCUGAACUUGUUUUUUAUGCUAGUGCUGCUGUGCUGGACUGUUGUUUGAUAGUGCAUAUUUGAUUGGUUUUAUCUUUUGCAGACUGUUGUUGCUGGUUUUGGGAGAAGCAGAGGCCCUGGCCAUUGGAUAUUGCAAUUGGCACAGCCUCAGGUUCUUCAUCCACUUCCCAUGCAUUCAUUUGUAUUGUAUACUGUACUUGUAUACUUAUAUAGUGUAAUACUACAUACUACUACUAGGUAUUAUUAGUUAUGUACUGUAAGUUCAGUGCUACAGUACCAUGUCGACUAGUCUCGCACUAGUCUAGACUAGUCUAUGAGUCUCAACCUUGGAACGACUCGUCGACUCUUCGACUCGUAAACGUUGCUC